UGCUCCUGAAGCUUUUCCAUCGAGUUUUCCUCUCGUCAUGCAUCGAUCUGAGGUUGACGUUGCCACGUGCUACAGUUCAGAGUCAGGAGGCUUCCCUGACCGCACAGACACAGCAAAGAUGGAUCAUCAUGAUUGGCAGCGAGGGAGAAGCCGAGGCCACAGGCGCUACGACGAUGACGACGAGGCCCAGCAGGUCUACAUCGGCGUUCCGGUUUCCCACAGACGGAAAAGACGCCGACAUCGCUCCUACGUCAACGACGCCGACCGGGACGCGCGACGCUCGCACUACGACCACCACACACACCGCGAGCACUCGCACCGGGGAUCGUACCACGACAGAGACGAGCGCUACGACGACGACGACGACGAGGGAAGUUCAGAGUUUCACGAGCACAAUGACCCCGACCUGUCAGUGUCUCCUGCAGCAGAGCGGCUGCGUCACAUCCUGGGAGAAGAUGACAGCACGCCGACACCCACAAUCUUCACCGAGAUGGACACACUGCAGCACGAGGGCGGCGAGUUAGAGUGGAAGGAGUCUGCAAGGUGGGUGAAGUUUGAGGAGAAGGUGGAGGAGGGAGGAGAAAGAUGGAGCAAGCCUCACGUGUCCACGCUGACCCUCCACAGCCUGUUUGAGCUCAGGACCUGCCUGCAGACAGGAAGCAUCCUGCUCGACCUGGACGGAUACUCGCUGCCGCAGAUCGUGGAUGACAUCGUGGAUCGGCAGAUAGCCGACGGCCUCGUUCCUCCGGACCUGAAGGAGAAGAUCAGCUUCGUGUUGCUCAGGAAGCACCGACACCAGACCAAGAAACCGAUCCACCGCUCGCUGGCAGACAUCGGAAAGUCCUCCAACGCUGCUGCAAACCGUAGUCCUCAGGGGAAUCUGAAUCGUAGCACUAGUUCAGCUUCUGGGAUCCACCGCUCCACAGAAGACCUUCGCUCUCGGCAGUCGAGCAGCCUCGGCCGCCUGCAUCACGCCCAGAGCCGAAGCAUGAAUGACAUUUCAGACACGCCGAGCACCGACCAGCUGAAAAAUAAGUUCAUGAAGAAGAUCCCUCGCGACGCCGAAGCGUCCAACGUCCUGAUCGGUGAGGUGGAUUUCCUGGACAAACCCUUCGUCUCUUUUGUACGUUUGGCUCAGGCCACGACUCUGGGAGGCCUCACCGAGGUUCCUGUGCCAACAAGGUUUCUCUUCAUCUUGCUGGGUCCUCACGGCAAAACCAAGUCCUACAAUGAGAUUGGCAGAGCCAUUGCUACGCUCAUGGUGGACGAUCUGUUCAGUGAUGUCGCCUACAAAGCCAGGGACCGCGACGACCUGAUUGCUGGCGUUGAUGAGUUUCUGGAUGAGGUGAUCGUCCUGCCUCCGGGGGAAUGGGACCCAAAAAUACGCAUCGAACCUCCAAAGAAGGUUCCAUCAGCAGAAAUGAGGAAGUCGGUGCUGAACCUGAACGAGCUGGGUCAGAUGAACGGUUCAGCCAGCGGAGCAGCUGGAGGAGAAGAUGAAGAGUUCCCGGCUCCUCAUGAACUUGGAGAGGAGCUGAAAUUCACUGGGAGGUUUGCAGGUGGACUGUGGUUGGACAUCAAACGGAAGAUCCCGUGGUAUUGUAGCGACAUCUACGACGGCUUCCAUAUCCAGUCCAUCUCUGCUGUGCUCUUCAUCUACCUGGGCUGCAUCACCAAUGCGAUCACCUUUGGAGGACUCCUCGGGGAUGCUACCGACAAUUACCAGGGGGUGAUGGAGAGUUUCCUCGGCACUGCUUUAGCAGGGACGGUCUUCUGCUUGUUCGGUGGGCAACCUCUCAUCAUCCUCAGCUCAACUGGACCCAUCCUCAUCUUUGAAAAACUGCUUUAUGAAUUCAGCAAGAGCAACGGUAUCGACUACAUGGAGCUCCGUCUGUGGAUCGGCCUUCACGCAUGUCUGCAGUGUUUCCUGCUGGUCGUCUCGGACGCCAGCUACAUCAUCAAGUACAUGACCCGCUUCACAGAGGAGGGAUUCUCCAGCCUCAUCUCCUUCAUAUUCAUCUCUGAUGCUAUUAAGAAGAUGGUAGGAGCCUGGAAGUAUUACCCAGUCAACCGGGGCUUCAAACCUGACUACAUCACUUCAUAUAGGUGUGACUGUGUUCCGCCAGACCAGGCAUCUGGGCUGGGUUUCAAUGUUUCAGCUCCUCUCGCGGAUGAUAACAUGACUCUGCUGUUUAACUUGACAGACAUGGACUGGAGUCAGCUGAGUAAGAAAGACUGCGUGAAGUACGGUGGUACGCUGCUGGGGAAAUCCUGUAAGUAUGUCCCCGACCUGGCCCUCAUGUCCUUCAUCCUCUUCUUUGGCACCUACUCCAUGACUGUGUCUCUCAAGAAGUUCAAGUUCAGCCGCUACUUCCCAACGAAGCUCCGUAGCCUCAUCAGUGAUUUUGCCAUCAUCAUUUCCAUCCUGGUCUUCUGUGGACUGGACUGUCUCCUGGAGCUCGACACCCCCAAACUGCACGUGCCCACUAAGAUCAAGCUGAGGAAGCUAAUCAGUGAUUUUUCCAUCUUCAUGUCAAUCAUGUGCUUUGUGGGUCUGGAUAUGUUGAUGGGCUUAGACACACCCAAACUAAUCGUUCCAACUGAAUUCAAGCCCACGCGUUCGGACCGUGGCUGGUUGGUGAUGCCGUUCGGUAAGAACCCCUGGUGGUGGUAUCUGGCCAGCUCCAUUCCGGCUCUCCUGGUCACCAUCCUCAUCUUCAUGGACCAGCAGAUCAGCGCCGUCAUCGUCAACCGCAAGGAGAACAAACUGAAGAAAGGUUGUGGUUAUCACCUGGACCUGUUCUGGGUGGGUGUGCUGAUGGCCGUGUGCUCCUUCAUGGGUCUGCCCUGGUACGUAGCGGCCACCGUGAUCUCCAUCGCUCACAUCGACUCUCUGAAGAUGGAGAGCGAGUCGAGCGCCCCCGGAGAGCAGCCACAGUUCCUGGGAGUCCGGGAGCAGAGGUUGACGGGUACCCUGGUGUUCGUUCUGACUGGACUCUCAGUUUUCCUCGCUCCUGUUCUCCAGUUCAUCCCCAUGCCGGUCCUGUAUGGAGUGUUCCUUUACAUGGGUGUGGCCUCGCUGAGUGGCAUCCAGUUCUGGGAGCGGAUCAAGUUGUAUCUGAUGCCACCCAAACACCAGCCGGACUUCUCCUUCCUGCGUCACGUCCCUCUGAGACGCGUCCAUCUCUUCACCCUCGUCCAGAUCACGUGUUUGGCCGUCCUCUGGAUCCUCAAGUCCACCUUCCUCGCCAUCAUCUUCCCAGUCAUGAUUCUGGGUCUGAUGGUCGUCCGGAAGCUUCUGGAUCUGGUGUUCUCCCAACACGACUUGGCCUGGCUGGACGACAUCCUGCCGGACAAAGACAAGAAGAAGAAGGAGGACGACAAGAAGAAGAAGAAGGAGAAGAAGGCGGCGGAGCCGGAGAGCGACGAGGAGCCCGGCAGCUCCGCCCCUCCUCCGGUGAAGAUUGCCAUGGAGGCGAUAGAGCCGGUCCCUGUCCACGUCAACCCCCCGACCCCGAACCAAACCUCUGAGUGAGACGAACCCGUACUCGACAGUCACGUCCGAUCAGACUGAGUUAGACCGCAGGUACUGUGUGCUGAAACUGCACGUGCCCUACAGCGACCUGCUUCGCUCACCUGACACAAACACUGGCUGGAACACCUUCAGACAAGCAAACACGACUUAGGCACAACACUCGGCUUUCAGCGGCUUGUAUUUAUUUGUAUGUUGGAUGAUGAUUUUAGACGUUUCAUGUACAGUAUGCCAUCAUUCAGAGCACUUGCAUAGAAAGUACUGUGUACAAUGCAGUGCAUGAGGGCCGGAGACAUUUGUACAUACUCUAGGUCAGAGGUUUUCAAAGUCGACACUGUGACAGACGACAUCCUAACUGCACCCUCCCCACGUUUCUGCAGAAAUCUGUAUUCUGAUUACAUAUGUAUGAUCAAAAAGUAGCGAGUCGACAACUCUGCAAAGAGCCAAACAUCAACAAGGUCAACAACACAAGACAUAGCAGCCUUCCUCCAUCAACGUCCUCUUUGCUGUCUUCUUCUCUGCCAUAGACGUUACAUUAAUGAAAACAUUUCCUCCAUAAAAUAUGACCCAGUUUCACCAGAAUCAGUGAAAUAGUUGCUGCUGACCCGGAGUCUGGAAGUGUAAGUCACCCUGAUUCUAAAAACAUGUAUAUCAUGUCUGUUAUGAUACAAAUUAGCCAUAAUUAUUCAGGCUCUAAAGUCCCUGCUUGUUUUUAGGACCCCUGCAGCGUCGUCCCUUUCUUUGAGGUGCCUCACAGUUUGAAAACCUCUGUCCUUUAACUAAACUCCACGUCCUGUAGUCUCCUGCUGUUUCUGUAUUUUAAUCACUGUAGUUCCUGAAAUAUCCACGCAGGUUAUUAUAGCCACUUUUCUAUAGACCAGUGUCUGUGGGGAAACAAUAAAUCAGACGUCAGUUUCGGAUGGAUCUCGUUUUGACUGUGAACACUUUGAGACUUUAUAGCUUCAUUCUGAUGCCUGCUGUAAAUAUGUUUUAUGUCUUUGAAGAUCUUUUCAUUGUUUCUCUUCAGGGAGUUACGAUGAAGCAUCUUGAUCAGUUUAGGAUUCAGAAUCAGAAUUUUGAGGAAGAAAAAGUCAAAAGUUUGAGGGAAAAGUCCGAUUUCUGAAAAAAAACGUCAGAAUUUUGAGGAAAAAAAGAGUCAGCAUUCUGUGGUGUUGGAUCAAUCAAUUGGUAGAGAAUCUUUCCACAGUAGUGCAGGGUUCAAAUCCGAUCUGUAGCCCAAUAAAAGCUUGAUAAAGGUCAGAAAUUU